CGCAGGCAUCCUCACUUAACCCGAGUACCCAUUCAUCAGCAAACACAUCGGAUCGAUGUUAUUCUAACAUCCAGGGCUGCCUUGCUGCACAUUCAGGUUAAAUGAAUACCUGACGAAAAGGGCCCACGUUUCAAGGCAGUGAAAUCUGAUAGCUGAGAGGAAAAGUGGCUUUAAUGAAAAGCAACCUUUGGAAUUCCUGCUUGAGAAAAUUCCGAUUCAGCUUUUUUUGUUAUUGCAGCAAGAAAUGAUCAGUAGCACCAGUGUUUAUGCAGAUGAAGCCAUGCAUCCUGCAACAAGAACUUUCCACGGUCCAACACAGACAUGGUGGUCCAAAGGCUUAAAGAUGCAGUGGACCCCAGAACAUGCUCAGUGGGCAGAACAGCACUUUGACAUCACCUCCACCACCCGCUCACCUGCACACAAGGCAGAGGCAUACAGGGGCCACUUACAGCGCACCUACCAGUACGCCUGGGCCAACGAUGACAUUUCUGCGCUGACUGCUUCCAACCUGCUGAAAAAGUACGCCGAGAAGUACUCUGGCAUCUUAGAAGGUCCAAAUGAAAGGGUGGUCUUGAGUGCUUAUGCAGAAGCAGGCCCAGGGCUGGUGAAUGGAAGGAAGAACGACGAUUCCUGGCAGCCAGCUCUCAACUCUGAUGGCGUCUAUUCCAUGAAUUGCGUGACAGAUGUGAUUUCCGCAAGUAAACCUGGAGUGUCAGCGGCUCUGCCUCCGGCAGAUGUGUCUGCCAGCAUUGGCAGCUCUCCUGGGGUGGCUAGCAAUCUCACUGAGCCCAGCUAUUCGAGCAGCACCUGUGGAAGCCACCCUGUAGCCAGUCUUCAUUCUGGACUCCCAUCUCAGGAAUAUGCAACAGGUUACAAUGGCUCCUACCUGCAUUCGAGUUACAGUAGUCAGUCGGCUUCUGCACUUUCCUCCCCACACCCAUCCCCUUUGCACAGCUCGGGGCUUUUACAGCCCCCUCCUCCGCCACCCCCUCCCUCCUUGGUGCCAGGCUACAACGCAGGCUCUCCCAACAUCUCAAGUUAUAAUUACACCCCAGCCGGUUACCCUCCUCAGACUGGUGUCGGCCCUGGCUAUAGCCCCAGUGGGGCGCCCCCUCCGUCUGCUUACUUACCAUCAGGUAUCCCUGCUCCCACUCCUCUGCCUCCCACUACGGUUCCCAGCUAUUCCUAUCAAACUCACAGCCUUGCACCAAUUGCACCAACACCUCUGAACAGCAGCUCAGCCAAUUCCCUGAAGAGAAAAGCUUUUUAUAUGACUGGGCAAGGAGAAAUGGACUCCAGCUACGGAAAUUUUAACUACAGUCAACAGCGCUCCACACAAAGCCCCAUGUACAGGAUGCCCGAUAAUAGCGUUUCUAACGCUAGUCGGGGAAAUGGAUUUGAUAGAAGUGGUGAUGCCUCAUCUUUAGCAUUUAAGCCUACGAAACAGUUGAUGUCUUCAGAACAGCAACGUAAGUUCAACAGUCAGUCAAGCAGAUCGCUCACGCCGCCAUCCUAUAGCUCAGCGAAAAACUCUUUGGGAGGAUCACGAUCGGGUGAGCCGUUUGGGAAAUUUAGUUCGCCCAUAAUGGGAGAGCCAAGUGAAGAGCACAGACAGCAUCUCUCCCACCCAGCGCAAGGACCAGGAAUCCGCACAGCUACCUCAUCCACCUGUCCUGCAGAUGAACAGCUGAAGAACACCGAUCAACACCUUGUUGAACUUGUGACCAAUGAGAUUGUCAGCCAGGCACCGCCGGUGGACUGGAGUGACAUUGCUGGGCUAGAACUGGCUAAAGCCACAAUCAAAGAGGAGGUUCUGUGGCCAAUGCUUAGGCCCGAUGUGUUUAGUGGACUCACUGCGUUACCUCGGAGUAUUCUUUUCUUUGGGCCUCAGGGAACAGGUAAAAUGUUACUGGGAAGAUGUAUAGCCAGUCAGCUGGGUGCUACCUUUUUUCGGCUCAGCGGCUCAGCUCUGGUGACAAAGUGGUUAGGAGAAGGAGAGAAAAUCGUUCACACUUCAUUUCUUAUAGCACGAUGUCGACAACCCUCUGUGAUUUUCGUCAGCGAAAUUGACAUGUUGCUUUCGUCGCAAGUGAGUGAGGAGAGCCCAGUGAACAGAAUUAAAACAGAGCUCUUGAUGCAGUUGGACAGUGUGCUAACCUCUGCUGAGGACCAGAUUGUGGUUAUCUGCUCAACAAGUAAACCCGAGGAAAUAGAUGAGUCGGUGAGACGAUAUUUCAUGAAGAGACUUCUCAUCCCCUUACCAGACAGCACAGCAAGGCACCAGAUAAUCAUUCAGCUGCUCUCACAGCACAACUAUUGCCUCAGUGACAAAGAGGUUGCACUGCUAGUCCAGCGAACGGAGGGAUUCUCUGGACUUGACGUAACACGCUUGUGUCAAGAAGCUGCUGUAGGGCCCCUUCAUACCAUGCAGGGCCCUGAUCUUUCAGCCAUUAUGCCUAGUCAGUUGAGGCCAGUCACUUACCCAGACUUUGAAAACGUUUUUUGCAAAAUACAGCCUAGCAUAUCCCAGAAAGAACUUGACACGUACACUGAAUGGAACAAAAUGUUUGGCUGCAGCCAAUGAAAAGUGAGCCAAAAAAAAACCUUGCGGGCACGUGAACCUGUAAGACAAAAAGGGGAGGGUUCGGGUGGGGAAAGGGGGAAUCAUGGGGGUAAACA